AUGAGAACAGUGGCGGCGGCGGGGAGGGGCGAGGGUCGCGGCGCCGGCAGGCCGGCUUUGCGCACCGGAGGAGCAAGGGGCGGAGGGCUGGCCCCGGUUGCUCGGGGCGCUGACGGUGCGCCCUGCACCGGCGCGAUCGGAGGCCCCCGGACGGUCACCCGCGCCCGCCCGGGGACGCCGCGCGCCGAGGGACAGGCGGACGCCCGUCUGGGGCGGGGGCCGUGCUGCGACACCGCCCACAACCGCGCUCCAGGUAGGCUCCGGCCGGGAACCCGGGUCGGGGUCGGGGCCGGCAUCCGGGCUGCGGGCCGGGCAGGGGCCGGAAUCGAGGUCUGGGCAACGGUCCGUGCCGGGGAUCCAGGCGGGCCCCGCUCCACCCGCACCGCGCAGCGGUGCGCGAGAUGCCGGACCGGCGGGGGCGGGUCUCUUUGUGCGCGGCCUGGGGUCCUGCCCGGCCGGCCGUGCGCCUAG